AUGGUUCAAUUCAAGUACAUUGGGGCGCUGUUCCUGGCAUGCGCAGCCCCAGCUCUGGCAGCAUUUGGUGUUACAGAGAGCACUUCAAGCUACGUUGCGGACUCUGGAAGUUCCGAUGGCUUCGUUGUGACUAUCAGCCGAACCGAUGGUUCUAUCACAUCGAUCAAAUACAGAAGCACCGAGCUUCAGUAUAAGUCCAAGAGCUCCCACAUUGCGUCUGGUCUGGGCUCCGCCACUGUAUCCUACAAGAUUGUUGAUAGCAAGUACAUUGUUGUGUCCGCGGCUGCGAAUAAUGCCGAUUUCAAAUUGACUCAUUAUUAUGUCUUUACCUCGGGUUCCAGUGCCAUCCAGAUGGCCACUGACACCACCUCUGAGCCAGCAAUUGGCGAGCUUCGUUUCAUUGCUCGUCUGGACCCCUCGGUCUUGCCAAAUGAGUUUCCCUUUGGCGAUGUGUCCAACACAGCGAGUGGUACAGCGAUCGAGGCGUCCGAUGUAUACCUCGUCAAUGGCCAAACACGCUCCAAGUUCUACUCCUCGCAGCGCUUCAUCGACAAUGGGGUAUACGGCUUCGCAAGCAGCUCGGGGGACCUGCACGCUAGCGUUGUCGCGCACGCCUCCCGAUCCUACGAGAAGAGUUCUGGAGGGCCUUUCUUCCGUGACAUCAACACAAACCAGGCUGGUGAUGCGGGCUCCUUGACCUUUUACAUGAACUCGAACCAUGCGCAGACGGAAGCCUACCGGCAGGGAUUCCACGGCCCCUAUGCUUUCGUCUUCAGUCGAUCAGGGAUCCCGAAGCAGUCCGAGAUCGACUUCAGCCCUUGGGCAAACCUAGGUAUCUCAGGUUACAUUGCGGAUUCGGCCCGUGGUUUUGUUAGCGGCAGUGCAAGCGGCACGGAUUCCUCCUUGAAGACGGUUGUCCACUGGACAAAUGCGGACUACCAGUACUGGGCAUAUGCAGGUACGUCUGGUAGCUUCAAAUCGCCCGCCAUGGUCCCCGGAACCUACACGCAGAUCCUCUACCAAGGUGAGCUUAAGGUCGCUUCGCAACAAGUCAAGGUCACUGCCGGGGGCACCACAACCUCGAACAUUGCCGCGACCUCGGACAUUGUGACCGCGAAACGCACCACCCUCUUCCAGAUUGGCGUUUGGGAUGGUCAACCCACUGGAUUUCUCAACGCUGCCAACCAGCUAAGGAUGCACCCCAGUGAUGGACGGAUGGCAGGCUGGAAGGCAGACACCUUCACGGUUGGCUCAGAUGACGUGAGCUCAUUCCCAAUGGCACUCUUCAAGGCGGUGAACAGCCCAGUCACCAUCAAGUUCAACCUCAAUGCUGCCGUUAGUUCUGAAGCAACUCUCCGCAUUGGCACCACGCUUGCCUUUGCCAGUGGUCGCCCCUCAGCCAAGGUCAACAGCUACUCGCAAUCGUUCAGCGCCCCCACCAAGAUAGACUCUCGAGGUGUGACCCGUGGCGCAUACCGUGGGUUGGGCGAGGUAUAUGAUGUGAAAAUCCCGGCUGGCACACUGGUCGCUGGAGCCAACACGAUCAGCAUCGAGGUCAUCUCGGGCAGCUCUGGAGAUACAUUCCUCAGCCCCAACUUUGUGUUUGACGCUGUCGAGCUGUUUCACUGA